UAGCGCUGUCGUGUGGUUUAAGAAGUCAUAUUCAACUUGAGGAUCAUGAAGCGCAAGAACAAAACCAUGAUGUUUCUGGUUCUGACAUCAUGGAGUUGAUAAAAUCAAAAAAUUUUGAGAAUGUCUCUACUCCGUCACUUUUCAAUUUGGUCAAUGGAAUUCUGGAUGGCAGCGUUGAAACAAAAAAUGGAGACGUGUCAAAUCAAGUAGCAUAUCUUCUGAGAAAAGUUGUACAGGUGCUUGAGCGGAGAAUUUUAACUCAUGCUGGAAACCUGAGACAUCACAGCAGUCUUUUGAGAGCUCGGGAGGAGAAAUUUCUGUCAAGAAUAAAAGUCCUUGAAACCCUUGCAACAGGAACCACUGAAGAAAAUGAGGUUGUUUUGAAUCAGCUUCAACGUAUGAAGGUUGAAAAGUUCAAAGUAGAGGAAAUGAAAACUUGCGAGGAGCAGGAUAAGAUGGCUCUGAAGGAGCAAAAGGAACGCUGUGAUGUUGAGCUUUCAAAUCUCAGAAAGGAGCUAGAAAUGGCUAAAAGGGAACAUGAAAAUAAUUGCUUGCAAUUGGAAAAAAAUGCUAAGGAGGAAAAAGUUAAGUUUGAAGAGAAACUAAAUGAACUCGAAAACUUAUUAGCGGAUUCCAGGAAGAAGGUGAAGGAACUCGAGACAUUUUCUGAAUCUAAAUCACUGAGAUGGAAGAAGAAAGAGUUUGUCUAUCAAAAUGUUGUUAAUGAUCUGCUUGGAGCUUUUAAGGAAUUAAGGGGUUCGGUGGAGUCCAUCAAACAUGAGGUCUUGAAUACAGAAAGAAACUAUGCAGAGGAUUUUAAUUACCUUGGAAUAAAGUUCAAAGGAUUGGCAGAUGUGGCUCUGAAUUACAAUGCAGUUCUGAACGAAAAUAGAAGAUUGUAUAAUGAGGUUCAGGAUUUAAAAGGUAACAUUCGAGUGUAUAGUCGAAUACGGCCAUUCCUUCCAGGGCAAAAAAAGCUAACUACAGUUGAAUAUAUUGGUGAAAAUGGUGACUUGGUAAUUGUAAAUCCUGCUAAACAAGGAAAAGACAAUCGUAGGCUAUUCAAGUUCAAUAAAGUUUUUGGUCCGACAUGUUCACAAGAGGAGGUGUUUAUAGACACUAGGCCGUUAAUUCGGUCUGUCCUUGAUGGAUAUAAUGUUUGCAUAUUUGCUUAUGGACAAACUGGUUCGGGAAAGACCUAUACUAUGAGUGGACCUGAUAUAUCAUUGAGAGAAGAAUGGGGUGUUAAUUAUCGAGCAUUAAAUGACCUCUUCGAAAUUUCUCAAAGCAGGAAGGGAUCUAUUGCCUAUGAAAUUGGUGUCCAAAUGGUUGAGAUAUACAAUGAACAAGUCCGUGAUCUGCUCUCAACUAGCGGUCUUCCAAAGAGACUUGGGAUUUGGAACUCUACUCAACCAAAUGGGCUUGCAGUACCCGAUGCUGCCCUGCAUUCUGUUAGAUCUACUGGCGAUGUUCUUGAUUUGAUGAAGAUUGGGUUGUCAAACAGGGCUGUUGGAGCCACAGCCCUGAACGAAAGAAGCAGCAGAUCUCAUAGUGUGCUGACGAUUCAUGUUCGUGGUGUGGACUUGGAGACAGAUGCUAUCUUGCGUGGUUGUCUUCAUUUAAUAGAUCUUGCUGGUAGUGAAAGGGUGGACCGCUCCGAGGUGACUGGAGAUAGGCUGAAGGAGGCACAACAUAUUAAUAAAUCAUUGUCAGCUCUUGGGGAUGUAAUUUUUGCUCUUGCACAGAAGACUGCGCAUAUUCCUUACAGAAAUAGCAAACUAACCCAAGUUCUCCAAAGUUCUUUAGGUGGUCAAGCAAAAACGCUCAUGUUUGUACAGAUUAAUCCUGAUGUGGAGUCCUAUUCCGAAACUAUAAGCACCUUGAAGUUUGCAGAAAGAGUUUCUGGUGUCGAGUUGGGUGCUGCCCGCAGCAAUAAAGAGGGUAGAUAUGUUAGAGAACUCAUGGAUCAGGUGGCAGUUCUCAAGGAUACCAUUGCAAAUAAAGAUGAGGAGAUUGAGCGGUUGCAGUUGCUUAAAACUAGUGGCAAUUCUGUGAAGCAUGGCGUUGGUUCCCAAAGAUUUGAAUCAUGUUCACCUGGAAGGGCUUUUAGUGCAACUCCUCGGCAGAGGCAAAGGCCAUCAAGGAGGAAAGACUUUCUGGUUAAUAAAGCAUCAUCUGAUAUGGACAAUUUCUCGGAUUAUGAUAGGCGUUCUGAAGCUGGAUCAUAUCAGUCUAUGGAUGACUUUAGACAUCAUAAGCAUUUUGGAUCGGAAUCACAUCUGUCUGUAGAGGACUUUAGACGUUCUAAGCGUUCUGUAUCAGGAUCACAUCUGUCUCUAGAAGAUUUUAGACAUCAGAAGGAAUCUUUUUCACAGUCAAGGGCUUUAGGUCAGAAGGUUACCGAUGAUGUUGAGCUUUUAGGCUUUGGGAAUGCUGAUUCUGAUGAGAGAUUAAGUGACAUAUCAGAUGGUGGCCUCUCAAUGGGGACUGAAACUGAUGGAUCGAUCUGUAGCGUUGUGGAAUACACUCUAUUCCCUGAUGUUUCAAAACCAUCAGAUAGUUUGAUUGCUGUUACCAAACACCCAGAUAGCUCGUUGGAUGUCAAAAGGCUAGCCGAGAGUGCAACAACUGGGGUGAAGUCAUUGGUACCUAUUCCAGAAAAAACCAAUGCGCCAUCGAGGACAGGCCCCAGGCCCCCGCAAAAGCCCGUGCAGACAAAACCUUCAAGAGUUUCACUGACGAAAAGCUCCACAAAGGCUCCAUCAGCAUCAAGCACAAAAAAAGCCAUUGUUGGUAGCUCCCCGUCGAUGAAAAGCGGCAAAAGGUGGAAGUGAAUCAGUGCAAAAGUGAUGUGGGUAGGAAAAAUUCUUAGAGGCUAAUCAAUAUUUUGUGUAGUUGUUGGUGGCAGUUUAACUUCACACUUCUAGUUCUGGCUCAACCAUAGGUGAUUAGCUUUUUGCCUUUCUAAUUGGGACCUCAUGUUUCCCCCUCUUUUUGUUGUAUAUUUGUAUGCCAAAAGGUUAGCCAUUGAUUUAAUACACAAAUUGAACCAUUCUCCCUC